AUGGCUCGAACCCUCGGCCUAACCUUCGAAAAGUGUAACGUGACGGUCAUUGGAGCCAACGCAGUGAAGACGCAAGCAAAGAAGGGAGUCAACCUUACCUUCUCGUCAAGGUACUGUCAGUUCCAAGACAACAUCUCGUGUCUGAUUUCGGACAACCCCACGAGACGGAUCCCGUCGGCGAGAAUCGAGACAGCUGCCUGGCACAUCCCGAGCGACGUGUUCCUGGCAGACCCGAAGUUCAGCGAGCCGCACGAGAUCGACCUGGUCAUGGCGUCGAACUACGUGUGGAACUUGCUGCGAACGGAUCGAGUGAAAUUGGCGAACGGCACCGUGACUCUGCGUGAAACCGAUCUGGGCUGGAUCGUGACUGGCAUGUACGACUCGUUCCAGCAGCUGAGUUGCCAAGUCGUCCACUCGAACAUCACGCUGAAGGAUCAUCUGAACAACGCAAUCGAGAAGUUCUGGCUGGUCGAAGAACUAGCCGACAAGCAGUUGCAAACCAACGAAGAACAGGAAGUGGAAGAGCACUUUCGCGGCACCCGCGGCCGCGACGAAAGUGGCCGCUUCGUCGUCCAGUUGCCGUUCAAGGACACGGUUCUUGAGCUGGGCGACAACCGAGUCCAGGCGUUGAGAAGAUUCAACCUGCUGGAGCGCCGUCUGACGCGCAACCCGGAACUCCGAGAACAGUACACGGCGUUCGUCGAAGAGUACGAGGCGCUGGGUCACUGCAAGGAGAUUUAUGAACAACAAGACCCACCAGAAGUGCGUAAGUACUACCUGCCGCACCACGCUGUGCUCAAACCGUCCAGUUCGUCCACGAAGCUGCGAGUGGUUUUCGACGCCAGCGCCAAGGCCGACAAGUACUCCCUGAACGAUGUGUUGAAGUUGGGACCGACCGUCCAGAACGACCUGUUCUCCAUCGUUCUUCGAUUCCGUCGUCAUCCGGUCGCAUUAACCGCCGACGUGGUGAAGAUAUAUCGACAGUGA